CGAAGAAUUGCUGUGAAGUAGUCUAGCAAGAUGUUGCACCACAAAAAAAAUUUGGUAACAAAAGAUCCUAGGUGUUAGUUAUAUGAUUAAAAGCUUCAUGGGUCGCCCGAAUGCUUCAGAAGAUGUUGAUUCUAUGUGGAAUAAAUUUUGUGCCGAUUUAGAACCUAUAAAGACGUUAUUGGGGAGUCAAAAAGAAUGCCAUGAAACGGCUGAGGAUGAAAAAGCAGACUUGGAAGCAAGGAUUGAAGCUUGUCGGCGUGGUUUACAAGCAACAAAAGACCAGAAAACCCAAUUAGAUCCUGCUAUACAAUCUUUAGAAGUAAUUAUCCACAUCUUAGAAAAAGCAAAUGAGAAGUCCGCAGCCUCUAUUAUGAAUAGCCCGUUAACGAGAAGUCGGCGAAACCGAAGCGCUUCACAAAUAUUUAUUCCUCCUGCACUAACCUCGGGAAUGUCUGUCGCUUUUCGCUUGCCACGAACUGAAGGGGGUGAAUGGAUUCAAUGUAUUAUUGUCAAGGUGACAGGGGAGGGUUCUAAGCAGAGGUAUGAAGUUCAGGAUCCCGAACCAGAUGAUGACGGCAAUGCAGGCCAAGUAUAUAAAACCGUUGCAAGUAAUCUUAUUUAUAUCCCACCGAAAACAGCUUCAUUGCCCACUCUUAGUCCUGGAACGGCCGUGCUGGCACGCUAUCCAGAAACAACCACAUUUUACAAGGCAGAGGUAAUACGAACAUUACCGAAUGGUUCCUGUAAACUUCGUUUUGAAGGAGAAGAGGAAGCUGGUAAGGAAACAACUGUGGAACGGCAUCUCGUAUUGGAAUAUAAUGGAUAAUUCUACUAUUUUUUUAUGGGAUAUUUAACUGCCCAAAUACUUCCAUAGAUAUUUCAUGCCUUUAAUUAUUAUAAUUACGAAUAUUAUUGAAAAACAACGCUUAAAUUAAACAUGACAGUUCCCUUUCUUUUGGGAUAUCUUCUCGCCUUUUUUUUAUUGCUUGCAAAAGUGAAGCAGCCUAAUAUGAAUGUAUUUUUUAACUUAAGUGAACAGAGAGGACAACAAAUUAAUAAGAAGAUACUUUAAAUAAAAAAACAACUAGGA